UUUAUAAUUUCUAUACGAUCGAAUAUAUAUCUAAUAAACUUCCGUGUUUAACAGAUUUGACAAAUUUAACUUUGUCGGAAAAUACAUGCUUUCAGUGCUUUUGUUAAUUUAUACAAUAGAAUAUACUUGUGUUAAUUGUAUGAAUAUUUAACAAUGUCUAGUGAAUGGGCCCACGGUUUGUGCAGCUGCUUCGAUGACCUGGGGGUCUGUAUCAUUGCCUAUCUGGCCCCUUGCGUCCUCUUUGGGCAGAGCGCAGAGAAAAUGGGAGAAGGACGCUGCGUGGUUUGUGGUCUCGUCUAUUUUAUUCCCAUCCUGAACCUGAUUGAGGCUGUAAUUGUGAGAGGGAAGAUUAGAGAACAAAGCGGCAUUGAUGGUACCACAUGCCACGACUGCCUUACCAUUGCAUUCUGUCCCCUUUGCGCUCUCGUACAAGAAGCUAUGGAAAUAGAGAAGACUCCGGCAAUUAUGUCGAUGGCAAGGGAAUAAACCCAACGGAUCCGAUAGACAAUUAUGUUAAUAUUGGAUGCCUUGUGAUGACAAUGGUUCUAUGAUUAAAGAAGGAAUGUAUAAAAAGUAGAGAUAAUUUUAUUACAUAAGGUACAUUUGGAAAUGAACGAUUGCAAUUGGGCAGCUCAAAUUCCGUUAACAAACUGCGAAGCUUCACUGAAAGCGUUCGUCAACAUGGAACGGGCUUGGUCUUUCUGUCAAUUUCGAUUUGAAUUUAGAUAAAAUAAGAUAUAUUCUGCAUCAUAUAUAUAUAGUAAGUUUUGUUGUAUUGCUUAUAUAAAUUGCAUUCAUCAGUUCUAAUAGAAAAUGAUAUUAUCUCAAAGCAGUGGCCACAAACGAUCGACAAAAUAUUUUUUACCGAAUGAAAAAAACAAACGAAUUUAAAUAUCCAUCUAAAAGGAUAGUGUUUUAAAUGUGUUUUUUCACAAUUUUGUCAACCUCUAGUAUAAACGCCUUGGUGAAUGGAUUACUAACACUAAAGUUAUAGUUGAAUCCAGAUAUUUUCUGCACAACGAAUCUGUCGUCAAGCCCACCAGUAUGUUGGCCUUCAUCACGAUCAUAUUUUCAUAAUUUACUAUCACAACCUAAAGGUUUCCAUUAUUUACUCUUUUUAAGAAAUGUGAUUCCGUAUAUCCACUAACAAAGUUAUCGUUUUCAGCUCAUUAUUUGAAUUAUUCUUGAUAAUUAUUUGUAUCUUUGCUAUGCGGACCAUUGAAAAAAAAAAUUUUCACACUAAUGCGGCGAAUGUCACCCGGCCACCCUUUUUCGCCAAAUUUAAAAAAGGUAUAUUAAAUCUGAAUUACAUUUGAUAUACAGAUUUAUUUAUUUCUUUUAAAUUUCCAUUUAAAGCUUUUACUGUUAUCGCUUUGUUAUUAAUAAAAUUAUACACACAUACAAUUAUCAUGUUAACCAUUAUCAAAAGUAAUACUUAUAUGUCGCUUUUUUCAGGAGACACGACUAAAUUAAAUU